UAGUACUUUAGCCAAUGAAUUUAUAGUAGUAAUUCGUUCACACAUUUUUUUCAUGAGAAAGCAUUGAGUUUGAAGCGACACACGGUAAAAAAAAUAUAAAAAAACAAAAGAUAUAGCUAGGACUAACUAAGUAAACAGAAAUAUUUGUCAUAAUAUUUUGUAAAGAGUCAAAAGAAGCUCUUAGAAGUUUUCUGUUGUUGUUAAAAGCGCAUUUUUCUAUUAUUAUAGGUGAAACUUUGUAAUGGAUGGUCAAGAUGAAGAUAAGUUAAACAAUUCUAUAGACGGUGAAUUUACACCUGAGCAAGAUGAACUCAACAAGUCAACAGCAAGUACAAGCAGUGAACCAGAAGCUGAGAAGAAAAGGCGAACACAGACCCCAAGUCCUCACAGAUAUCCACCAUCUUUUGUGAAUGUUCCAGCUUCCCCACCAAAGUUCAUGAGUUUAGAUGAGAUAAUGGCUGCAGCAGCGGGAGUGAAGAACAUGUCAUUGGCUCAUGAAAUAGCUGUUGAUGCUAACUUUAAGUUGGAGAAAUUAGAACCUUCAGAAAAUAGUUUUGAAAAGAAAGUGAAGGAAGUUGUACACAAAGCAUUUUGGGACGCAUUCCAGGAAAAGCUAAAUGAAGAUCCUCCAGAAUUAGGACAUGCUGUUGUGUUGAUACAAGAAGUCAAAGAGAAUUUACUAGCACUUCUAUUACCACAACAUGUGAGAUUGAAAACUCAGAUUGGUGAAGUCCUAGAUAUUGAACUUAUACAACAGAAAUUAGAGAAUAAUGCAUUUGAUAUUUACUAUUACUCUGACUAUAUAAUUGGUAUAAUGGCAAAACUAUGUUCACCAGCCAGAGAUGAUAAUAUUGCCAAACUUAAAGAGAUUAAAGAUAUUAUACCUUUGUUUCAAGAAAUUUUUGCUAUGUUAGACUUAAUGAAGAUGGAUAUGGCUAACUUUACUAUUCAACAAAUCCGACCAUACCUCCAACAGCAGUCAAUGGAAUAUGAGAAAACUAAAUUUGAAGAGUUUUUGAAAACUCAGAAAGAGAGUGGGAUCGAUGGUCUAGAACUUACAAAAAUUUGGUUAAAGAGAAGUUUUGAUGCAUUAAAAGACCAAGCUGCAGAAGAGGGUGCUACAUCACCAGCCAUGCUUACCCCAGCAGCUAUUGUUAAUGAAGCGUAUGUUUCUCUCCUGUCUUGGGAUGAAAACCAAUUAUUUCCUGAGACAUUAGUGAUGGACCAAGGAAGGUUUACAGAUGUAGGAGAUAAGAUUCACAGUCUGACACUACUAGCUUCCAUACUAUUGGUAACAUACAGUACUGUGGGUGCUCCUAUAGCAGGAUUACAAAAACUAAAGGAGAAACUCACGUCAGAAAUUAUGGUAAUACUGGAUGGUACUGAGCAAAAAGAUUUACCAAGCAUGAUGAGUAAUGUUGCUGAACAAGUGAACAAGAAUGUAAAUGAGUAUAUGUCUGAACAUGGAUUCCACCCUCGUGAAGAGAUGCAACAAACAGCUUUAUCUGGUCAGAUAACAAGUCUAUCUACCCGAGAACACCCAGUUUAUAAAGUCAUGUACAAAAGAAUUAGAGACUUUAUUUUACACAUUAUAUCACAAAGACAUUCUGGGCCAUUGAAAGUGCCACCAGGGUUUUCUGUGGUUGAAAAUGAACUGGGUAAAAUUUGUGGGCAAUUUUUAAGACUAAUUUCACACAACAGGGCAACAUUUAGUAGCUAUUAUACUGACAUUGCCAAUGAAUUAAUGCAAAUACAAAUGGAGGACUUAUCCCCUCGAGGAUGAAAUGCUGGUCAGUAAAUGUAUUGUAUGCAGUUUUAACAAGUAGAUUGGAGGUGUAUGAUUAUAUAAGAAUGCUACCAGUAUUAGAAUUUGUAAUGCUAUGUUAUUGUCUCAGACAAAAACAUUGUUAUGUAUAAUGUAUGUUGUUGUCAAUAUUAAAUAUUACUAUUUAUGGCUAGAUUGCUGUUAAGUAUGUGAAUUUGAAAGGUAUGGUAAAAUUGUGAUAUAUUUGUUCUUAGAAUUAAUCUGUUAAGAUUACAUAUGUUAUAGGCUAUUUAUACAUUUCCCAAUAUUACGGUAAGCACCAUUAUUAGGUUUAAGCAUUAUCAUUUUAUCAAACAAAAAUAACCAGUUGUUAAAAGUGCUGAAAUAUAUAACCUACCACGAAAACACUAUAUUUUUAACUUUGUUUCCUUACUUGAUAGCUCAGAAUUUAAAUACCUUGGAAAGCUUUCAAAUAUUUUCAAACUAAUUAUAAACAGUGGAGAAAUGUAGUAUCAUCUUUGAUGCAUUGCUCUUUUGUAUUGAUAUUGUUUUAAUUAUUUUUUUUUUCGUUUUUAAAAAUGGUAUAAUUACUACAAUGAUGUCAAUAUUUGUUCCCCUAUUGGAAUUUCAACACCAGAAUUAAUCUAAAUUGUUUUAUUUUUUUGUACAUUUUGAAUUAUUUAUGAUUUCUUGAAAUUUUUUAAUUAAUUUUUAUUUUAAUCACUUUUAGCAUUUAAAAAAACCAACACUGCCAUUGAUUUUGAAUAAAAUUGUUUGUUGCAUUAUGUCAAGGUUUAGAUAGCAGACAAAAUGUGGUUGUAUUUAUAUGAUAUUAAAAACCUCACCUCAAAAUGAAUGCAAUGAAGAAAUUGUUCUAUGCAUUAUUUACAACAAAAUACUAUUUGAAUAUUUAAAAUAUGUAUUUUGAUUUUUGUAGUGUUUUUCAUUAUUCAGAAUUGUAAAACAGGUACAACUGCCUUUCCACACAAAACUUAUAAAUUAACAUGAUUUUUUUCUACUACUGUUAUAGGUGAAUUUCAGGAAAAGAACAAUGAUAUUUAAAUUUAAAGAGAUGAGAAAAUUUGUUAAAAGGUUAAUGGUAAUGUGUAUAUUUGUACUGUUGUACUGUUGGGCUUUGAGCAUAUGCUAUGUAUGACUUUAAACACCCCCAUACAUAGAUGGUAUACUUGUAUACUAGAAUAUGUAUUGUUUUUUAAAGGAUGUGUGGUAAUUGAAUUUUUUAUUAAAAGUAUGUAUAUAAGUGGUCAUAUAUUGGAUGCUAUAUAUUUGUUUAUGUUAAAAAACUAGCAAUACUGGAUAGAUAUUUUCAGUGGAAUUAAAAUGAAAUAGAAUAUUUUGGUAUUCAUACCUUCAAACUUUAUUCUUGCCAUUCUGGUGCAUAAUGUUUAAAUGUGUUAAUCAUUGCAUAAUUCAACACCAUCCUAUGUUUGAUAGAGCUUAGUCAAAAUAAUGAAACCUAGCUAUAACCCAUAUGUUUGCUUAAUAUAAUAAAAUAAUGUAGCCAAAUGUUAGAUUGAUCUCAAACUAUAUUUGUAUUUCCUAUUUUUUGGUUGAAUGUUUAUAUUUUUUAUAUUUAAUUGGGAAGUAUUCUGAGUUAUUUAUUUGUAACCUUGUAAUGCAUUUUUUGUGUUGUGUGUUUUAUCAUGUGCCAUGAUUAAUCAUUAUGAAAUACAUGUACUGGUUAAAAGCCAUUCAUUGUUAUAACUUUUUGCCAAAUUUAACUUAGGCAUUUGAAAUUCAAAGACAAUUUUUUUCUGCACAAUUGAAAACUAGCAGUGAUUUGGGAAUUCUUGCCCAACCUGUUUAUUAAAAAGAGAAAAAAAAUAAAGAUACAAAAAUAAAAAGAUCAACCACACAGUGUUUUCUAAAUGUUUGUGAAAACAUUUACUUUCUUCAGAUUUUGGUGAAGUUUGUAUUUGUAUUAAUUAAAUAUGAAAUUUCACUAUCUAGAGUAUGCCAACAGCUUUGAUGUAGUAGUUAAUUUUAAUUUGUUUCUUCCUAUACAUUCCUUAUAAAAUUACCUGUCUAUUUACACUUGUAUAGCUUUCUUUUAUUACAUGCAGUUGUGAUAACAAAACCCUUCUUUUAGACAAAACUUUUUGGCUUUCUAAAAAUUACUGGUAUUGAUUUGUGUGACCGUCCGUUAUAUGAUACUAUUAUAUAUAAAAUAAAACUUUUCAAUAUAUA